GCAGGGAACCACCUCUCCCACUCUCUUCUGAGCUUCCUCUGGCCCUCUGCCAGGACUCCCAGCACACCCCUGCCGUACCUUCACCUGCAGCCAGCGGUGCCCAGCCGCACGCAGGGAUUUCACACAACACACGGGUCCAGACGGGCAGACGGCACCAAGCCUCCAUCCUCUGCCACUGCUGCAGACAGCUCCUCUCAGACCACAUGGCCACUACUGGAAAAGUUAUCCGAUGCAGAGCUGCAGUUGCCUGGGCAGCGGGCAAAUCGCUCUCUGUUGAGGAGAUAGAGGUUGCACCUCCAAAGGCACACGAAGUGCGAGUCAAGAUCGCGGCCACGGGGAUCUGUCACACAGAUGAACAUGUUCUACAAGGGAACUUUCUUGGUGUAGAAUUCCCAGUCAUCCUCGGCCAUGAAGGAGCUGGGAUUGUGGAGAGCAUUGGAGAAGGAGUGACCUCUGUGAAACCAGGAGACAAAGUCAUCCUCCUUCCACUUCCUCAGUGUGGAGAAUGCAGCUUCUGCUUGAAUCCUGACUCCAACUACUGCAUGAAAUCACACCUCACUGAACCACAAAACCUGCUGCCUGACAAGACCAGCAGAUUCACUUGCAAAGGGAAACAGAUCCAUCAUUUCUUCUGGAACAGCACCUUUGCAGAAUACACUGUUGUGCCCGACUACACCCUGGCCAAGAUAGAUGCUGCUGCACCUCUGGACAAAGUCUGUGUCUUUGCCUGUGGUUUUCCCACUGGCUAUGGGGCUGCCAUCAACGUUGCCAAGGUAAAACCAGGCUCCACCUGUGCUGUCUUUGGCCUCGGCGGAGUCGGCCUCUCUGUUGUCAUGGGCUGCAAGGCAGCUGGAGCGUCCCGCAUCAUUGCCAUCGAUAUCAACGAGGACAAGUUUGCCAGGGCCAAAGAGAUGGGAGCCACCGAGUGCAUCAACCCUAAAGACUUCAAGAAGCCUAUCCAGCAGGUGCUCACCGAGAUGACCGGUCACGGCGUGGACUGCUCCUUUGAGGCUGCUGGAACUGCAGAUACCCUGAUUGCUGCCCUGGCCUCUUGCAAUAUGAACACUGGAGUCUGUGUCUUGAUUGGAAUACCACCUGCUGGUUCAACAAUUCCCAUUGAUCCAUUCCUUCUACUAAGUGGGCGCACCUGUAAAGGGACUGUGGCUGGAGGCUGGAAAAUGAGAGACUCUAUCCCCAAAUUAGUUGCCAGCUAUUUGGAGAAGAAAUUUAACUCCGACUUGCUGAUCACACACACGCUGCCAUUUGCUAAAAUCAACGAGGGAUUUGAAUUGCUACGUGCAGGCAAAAGCAUUCGCAGCGUGCUGCUCUUCUGAAGGAUGUGAUCAGGACAGCACGAGUGCAGCACACAGCCCAGCAGAUGCCCUCCUGUGCGGGCCCUUCCCUCCCACAUCGCCCUUCGUGGACUGUAAAGACAGAAGCACAAGGAACCUGUCAGCUGUGCUGCUGCUGCCAGCGCUCCUGAGCCCAUCCUCUCCUGAGAAAGCAGUUAUAUAAAUAAAGGCUCUCUUACAAACUC